AUGCCAAAAGAUGUAGGGGGCAUGGGUUUUAAGAAUUGCAGUGCCUUCAACUAUGCGAUGCUAAGCAAACAAACUUGGAGAAUUAUGACUAAUCCUGAUACUCUUGUCUCUCGUCUUUAUAAAACCAGGUAUUUUCCUAAUACUGAUUAUCUUAACUCUAAUAUUGGCCAUAAUCCCAAUUAUGUAUGGCGAAGUAUUUGGAGCUCCAAAUUUCUGAUGAAGGGAUGUCUCAAAUGGAGUAUAGGAUCAGGAGAGAAUAUUUCGGUUUGGAAUCAAAAUUGGCUUUUUGAUGGCACUUCUCUAGAAAACCCGUGGCUACACAACUUGCUUGUGAGUAAUCUUAAAGUCUCAUAUUUGUUGAUUCCAAAUGGCAAACAAUGGAAUCAUGCGUUGGUCUUGUCACUAGUAGGUGAAGAUAUUGUGCAAAAGGUAGGCAUCGGUGCCUGUAUUAGAAAUGACGCUGUCCAGUUUAUUGCAGCCCAAACAGAAUGGUUUUCACCAUGUACUGAUGUGGUUAUUGGAGAAGCUAUAGGCCUUUUGAGAGCUAUAAAGUGGGUAAUUAAUGUGGGCUUCGACAAUAUGAAUUUUGAAUUAAAUGCAAAACAAGUUGUAGAUAAUGUGAAUUCUGCGAAGCCUAAUGACUCGGAUUUCGGAGCUAUUAUCGACGAUUGUAAAAGGCUGAUUACUCUCUUCUUUAGGAACUCUCAUAUUAAGUUCGUUAGAAGACAAGCCAAUGAAGUUGCUCAUGCUCUUGCACGUGUGACUCCAUCUCUUGCUAGUUUUCAUAAUUUUGUUGAUAUUCCAAGAUGUUUCGCGCGUUUUUCAAUUCGAAUUCUGAAGGAAAUGGUAGAGGAUGGAACCAUCGCAAACGAUGAAUCUAUGAAGCUAGCGAUAGCGGUUGCGCUUCUUAGAUCAAAGUUCACGAAAAAUGUUAAACAGUGUAAUCCAAUUUCUCCCUCUCAAUCAGAAACUCUUCUCCGUUGGAAACGAAAGGCUAAGGAACGGAAGCAAGAGAUUCUACGGCUCAGAGAAGAUCUGAAAGAAUCUCAAGAUGCUUCACAUUGUGAUCUAUUUCCUGAGAACGCUUCUUGCAAGUGCUAUUUCUUCGAUAAUUUAGGGGAAUUAAGUUCUAAGUAUCAUGGAAAUGACUCGUUUAACAGAUUCAAUGACGUACUUCGCCGGAGAUUUCUAAGACAAGUGCGAUUUAAGGAAAGGAGGAGAAGGAUUGGUUCUUCAUCUUCGUCAAGUCAGCAACGACUUUGUUUAGGUUUAGCUGAGGAGGAUGAUACAGAGCAGCUGAAAGCAUCUGUUGAUUUUCUUGUGGAGUUGUGUGAGACUGUAUUACCUGUGGAUGAUUCCAAGUUUGCAAACAUGGCACACCAAGCCGUUGAUUUUAUAUUGGUUUCAUUGAAGACUCUUCUGUCUACGGGAAGGAACCUGGAACUAGUUGAACGAAUUAUCAAUAGCCUAGUUACACGUUUGACGUUGAAGAUGUGCUCGUACUUGUCAGAAAAUGGAUCUCAACACAGUGGCCCCGAUGCACAGUUCUGUAUUCAGCAUUUGGUCCGUAAACUUGGCAGUGAGCCUUAUAUUGGCCAACGGGCUAUACUUGCAGUAUGUCAAAGAAUUUUGGUGCUAGCAGAACGUUUGCUUUUCUCUGAUCCAUUUGAUGACUCUUUUUCUAACAUGCACGAAUGUAUGUUCAUCAUGAUCCAGCUUAUUGAGUUUUUGGUGGGAGAUUACUUAUUAGAGUGGUCAAAAGCUGAAGAUUUAGAUACCAUGCUCCUUGAAGAUUGGAUGACGUCAAUUGUUCAGGCAAGAAAAGCAUUAGAACUUCUGGAAAGCAGAAAUGGACUAUAUGUCCUCUAUAUGGACCGUGUCACAGGUGAGUUGGCGAAACAUGUUGGUGGAGUCUCAUUGCUUCAGAAGGUUAAACCAGAUAUGUUUAAUCGCUUGUUUCACUAAACAUUGAUUCAAUUAUGAGCAAUAUAUAUGGCCCAUAUAGGGAAAAAAUGGUAUAUAUGGAAACUAGGGGAAUAGAUUAUGCCCAACUUUCCUUCUUCAUUAUACUUUGGCCUAUAAACUCAUUUUAUUCCUAUCUUAUUAAGUAUUAAUACCAACAUGCCGAGAUGUCAAUUCCCAAGUUUACUUUCUUUCAAUGGAUUCAAUUCUCAUAUCCAUGACCUUCAUCAAUACAAAGUGCUUUGUUGCCUCUACAUAUGUAGUGGGAUCUUUAGAAAAGCUAAAUAUGACUAAAUUGUGAAGUUCAUCACUU